AUGAUUGCACUUGAAAGGAGCUGUACUUCUUAACUUGGAAUAAUGGAUUGAGUGUUUUUGGAACAGAUGAAGAUAAUAUGGGGGAUGAUUGUUCUCAGAAGCUGGCAUCUGCCAAGUACCUGCGAGUUUUGCUGCUAAUUCUAAUUCCAUGUAUUUGUGCUCUUAUACUUUUGCUGGUAGUGCUACUUACUUUAGUAGGUGUAAUAGACAGAAAUUGUUUUGCCUUUAAUAGAAGUGACCCAUUAACCAACAGCAUUGAAAUAGGACCUAAUCACAUUCCUUUUGUAAAGAUGGGAGACAAUGCUUCAGAAAGGACGCUUGAAAAAUGGGAUGUGCAGACUCCUUUGUGGAAUUCUAAUAUAACUCAAGAUGACCAAAAUGAUAAAAACUUUAGAAGUGAGAAAGAGACUGCGCAUCAGAAUACAACUGCACAUUCUACACACAGCACAGUGGAGGAACACAGCACAAAGCAAGGGAUGGAGAAGACCAAAGAGCACCAAGGAGUUAUCAGUACGAUGGAAACAGCAAGCCAUUGGCCCACCACAGUUGCUUCAAAGUUCCUGGAUGAUGAAGAUACCUCUCCAACAGCUCCUACAUUUGUCAAAGAAGACAAUUGUGUAAACGUCAUGUACAGCCAAUGCCAAAUGCUGCCGUACAAUCUCACCGUUCCCAAAUCUGUGUACUCCUUUGUGAAGAGCAUCGAUAUGGAGAUGUUCUUAAAGUUCUUUAGCUAUCUCAGCCGCCUCAGCUGCUAUCAACACAUCAUGCUGUUCGGCUGUAGCUUGGCUCUUCCUGAAUGCAUCAGUCUUGGCGAUGACAGUCAACCAUUGCUACCAUGCCGAUCAUUCUGUGAGGCAGCACAAGAUGGCUGUGGGCCAGUGUUAGACAUGGUGAAUUCUUCCUGGCCGGAGUUCUUAAGAUGUUCCCAAUUCCAGAACAAAACAGAAAAUAGCAACCUGAGCCGUGUGUGCUUCUCCCCACAGCAUGAGAAAGGACGACAAUCACUGUGUGGGGAACAAGAAAGCUUUCUGUGCAGCAAUGGAGUUUGCAUAACUAAGAAACUGACAUGCAAUGGCUACAAUGACUGCGAUGAUUGGAGCGACGAGGUACAUUGCAAUUGCAGUGAACAUCUAUUCCGUUGUAACACCGGGAAGUGCCUUAAUCAUAGCUUUGUUUGCGAUGGAUAUGAUGACUGUGGAGACCUGAGCGAUGAGCAAAACUGCGACUGUAACCCUGCACAUAGUUACAGAUGUGGAGACGGACGAUGUAUAACAUUACGAUGGGUGUGUGAUGGAGACCAUGACUGUGCCGAUAAGUCAGAUGAAGUCAACUGUACUUGUCAUAGUCAGGGUCUCACGGAAUGCAAGAAUGGACAGUGUAUCCCUAGUGCCUUCCGCUGUGAUGGAGAUAAUGACUGUAAAGAUGGCAGUGAUGAAGAGAAUUGCACUGAGCACAAGGGUCACCCAUGCCAAGAUGGCGAUUCUAAGUGUUUAUUGCCAGGCUGCACUGAGCCAUGUGCCAAUGACACCAACUGUGAAAUACCUCAAAACAAAACCAACUGCAGUCAAUGCGAACCAAUAAGCCUGGAGCUGUGUAUGAAUCUACCCUAUAAUUAUACACAUUUCCCAAAUUACCUUGGCCACAGGACUCAAAAAGAAGCCUCCAUAAGCUGGGAGUCCUCCCUCUUCCCAGCUCUAGUUCAGACCAAUUGCUACAAGUAUCUCAUGUACUUUGCUUGCACAAUCCUGGUACCAAAGUGUGAUUUAGAGACAAACCAGCGGAUACCACCCUGCAGAACACUCUGUGAACAUUCAAAAGAGCGAUGCGAAUCUGUACUGGGUAUUGUUGGACUACAAUGGCCAGAGGACACAGACUGCAGUCAGUUCCCUGAUGAGAAGUCAGAUAAUCAGACUUGUCUUAUGCCUGAUGAGGACGUAGAAGAAUGUUCACCCAGUCAUUUCAAGUGCCUCUCUGGCCGCUGUAUCUUGGCAUCCAGGAGAUGUGAUGGAGAGGCAGACUGUGAAGAUGACAGCGAUGAAGCAAACUGUGGCUGCACGGAGAGAGGUCUGUGGGAGUGUCCAGGAAGUAAGAUAUGUAUCAAGUAUUCGAUGAUCUGUGAUGGCUUUCCCGAUUGCCCCGAACAGCUAGAAGAGAAAAAUUGUUCCUCUUGCACACAUAAUGAACUGGAAUGUGCCAACCAUAAGUGUGUAUUACGUGACCAGUGGUGUGAUGGUCGAUUAGAUUGUACUGACAGUUCUGAUGAAUGGAAUUGUGUCUCUGUCUCUAGCAAUAUGAGCUCCAUGACAUCCUUGGUCAUUCACAGAUCAGCUGACAAUUACUACGUCUGUGCUGACGACUGGGAGGAAGAGCUGUCUCAAUGGGUCUGCAAGCUAAUGGGUUUAGGGGGCCCAUCAUUGACGGCGGUCAAACCAGAUUAUCAUCACCAUGAUAACAAUGACUGGCUGCAUUUAAAGUCUGACUGGAAACUACAAAAUGGAUCAACCUUUCACGAACUGUUAAUAAAAGGGCAACCAUGUGAGAGUAGAAGCAAAAUUUCCCUUCUAUGCACCAAGGAAGACUGUGGACGUCGCCCUGCAGCCAGAAUGAGCAAGAGGAUCCUUGGUGGCAGAACCAGCCGACCUGGGAGAUGGCCUUGGCAGUGCUCCCUACAAAGUGAACCAAGUGGGCACAUCUGUGGCUGUGUUCUUAUUGGGAAAAAAUGGGUUUUGACUGUUGCACAUUGUUUUGAAGGGCGGGAACAUGCUGCUGUGUGGAAAGUUGUAUUCGGUAUAAACAACUUGGAUCAUCCAUCUGAUUUCAUGCAGACACGUCUAGUCAAGACAAUAAUCCUUCAUCCGCGUUACAACAGAGCUGUGGUAGACUAUGACAUCAGCAUAAUACAAUUAAAUGAAGAGAUUGUGGAGACUAGCUAUGUAAGGCCUGUGUGCUUACCUUCCAAGGGCCAGCUGGUGGAACCAGACACAUACUGUUAUAUUACAGGCUGGGGUCAUAUGGGCAACAAAAUGCCAUUUAAGCUGCAGGAAGGAGAAGUUCGUAUUAUAUCUUUAGAACACUGCCGAACUUAUUUUGACACAAUAACAUCCAGAAUGCUGUGUGCUGGUUAUGAGUCUGGUACAGUAGACUCCUGUAUGGGAGACAGCGGAGGUCCUCUGGUCUGUGAACAAACACCAGGACAGUGGACAUUAUUUGGUCUCACUUCUUGGGGCUCAGUGUGUUUUUCCAAAGUUCUCGGACCUGGAGUCUACAGUAAUGUGUCACACUUUGUGGAGUGGAUUGAACGACAGAUAUACAUUCACAGCUUUUUGAUUGACUGAAGGAACUAUAUAAAAGUAAAAUCUACACUUUACAAAGACUGUUCAGAAAACGCCUUAGCCUCCAUGGAGGUUCUACAUGUGCAAAUAUUUGUUGUGUGUAUCUAUGAAAUUCUAUAUAUUUUUGUUUUCAAUAUUAGAUAUUUUAGUCAAUUUUUUGAACUUUUUGUACAUAUUUGGUCACAGUUCUGUUUCACUGUGUGAGCAUUCCUAAAUGACACAGGACUUCAGGAAGUGUAUUUUGCGGUCAUUCACAGGGUGGGUAGCAGAGAAUGUGUGUGUGUGGGGGAAGUCCCCCUCUAUUUUCAAAUCAAAUAGAAUGAAACUAGUUUUAAGCUGCUGCAUAAAUAUACUUGUUUAAUUAUAAGUGUGGCCAAUUGUAUCGCACAGCGAAGAUAUAACGUGUCAUUCAGAUGUUUGUCACUUAUGUCUAAACCCAUAUUUACCAAUAAAAACAUAUUUUUUAUAAA